UGGCGCUGCGCCACGAUCUGGCAAGUGCGCCUCCCUUCACCGCUGUUUGGCUUAUUCAUAGUUAGGGGUUUGGGUUUGGCUGUUUUUAAAAAGGCAAGCGCUGCUGUGAAGUUGAUCAGUCUGCUCAGAAAACUUCCAGAGGGGAAAGUGUCUUGGAAUCGGAAAGUCCAGAAUUUCAGUGCGCAACCAAUUGCGCACAAACUGGACUAUUGGAGAAUACCCAAGUGAAAGUCUUUUUUUAUAUAUAUGUGUACAUAUUUAUGUAAAAAUCCACCGGAUUCUUCUUCAUCAUCUAUUUUUCAUCAAAGACUGUUUUUAUUUUCUCAUUUUUAAGACACUCCAACCUGUGCUUUCACUUUGCAUGCGGAGUUUUCACUCGAAUCUGAGCCAAUCGUUCGUGCGCUCUCAUAUCUAGUUCUUGCCUCUUUUUUUAAGAAUAAUAAUAAUUAUUAUUCUUAUUAUUUAAAUCGGACCUCAUUCACUUUGAAACGAAGUAUGGCUCUUCUUGUGCUGGGUACAUUUCUCACGGCGUUGUCCAUCAGCGGAGGCUCUUUCGUGCCGUGCGAGCCGUGCGAUCAGAAGGCGCUCUCCAUGUGUCCUCCGGUCCCGGUGGGCUGUCAGCUGGUGAAGGAGCCAGGCUGCGGCUGCUGCUUGACUUGCGCUCUGGCGGAGGGGCAGGCGUGCGGGGUGUACACCGGUACAUGCACGCACGGACUGCGCUGCCUGCCGCGCAACGGCGAGGAGAAGCCGCUUCACGCCCUGCUGCACGGCAAGGGAGUGUGUACGAACGAGAAGGGAUACAAACCACAGCACCCACCCAUUGAUCGUGAAUCAAUAGAGCAUGAUGAUACAGUGAAGCCAGACACGACUGAAGACCAGAUUCCUAAAAUUCCGCUUUACCCCAAACCAGACGUAAUCCACAGCAGGAAGAAUGCUGCCGUGCGCAAGGAUAAGAAGAAACAACAGGAGAAGCAUCGGUUACUGGGGUCGACGGACUACUCCCCCCUUCCCAUCGACAAGCAUGAGCCUGAAUUUGGUCCCUGCAGAAGGAAGCUGGAUGGAAUCAUUCAAAGUAUGAAAGACACCUCCCGUGUCAUGGCUCUUUCCCUCUACCUGCCUAACUGUGACAAGAAGGGCUUCUUCAAGCGCAAGCAGUGCAAGCCCUCCCGUGGCCGGAAACGAGGCAUCUGCUGGUGCGUGGACAAAUACGGCGUGCAGCUGCCCGGCACUGACUACAGCGGCGGUAACAUCCAGUGCAAGGAUUUGGAGAACAGCAACAACAACGAGUGAGAAUCAACCCACCCUGAUCACCAGACCUAGGGCCCACCUCCUUGUCCUGUCCCACCAGCCUACCCGCCAGUCACUUUGAGAUUUUGAUGCAAAACGACAAAGAUACACAACAGCUAUUAUAAAUACAAACUAUGAGACUAAAAAGAAAAUGUUAAAGUGAGAUAAUCCACAGGAAUUGUUUUGACUGAGCGCUCAUCUCUAUCUCACUGGACUCAGCCAAUCAGAGGAGCCCCCUGCUAGUGCUGAGUCCCGGCAACAAAAAAUAAAAAAAUGAUAAAAAUAUAUACAUACAAUUAUAUAUUUUUAUAGAAGCUGGGGUUUGAGCACCAUACUGUUUUGUUCAAAGUUAACAUAAAACAAAAUACAAAAAAAAGAAUAUAUGGCAUGUUGAAUAUUAACAGGGCUAUCUUGGUCUUUUACAUCUUUUGCUGUCAAGGUAACAAAGGAGAUAGCAGAAACUUUUGCUAUUUGAAAAAAAGUAAAGUGUUGUUUUCCAAAAGAGAAGAAAGAAUGGAAAACACAUGGUAGAGAUCUGCUGAUACAGUCAUCUCUAUCUGGCUUUUUUAUUUUUUUGUCCUGUCAGAGCACUUAUUCAUUGGGGAACCUGCUUGGAAAUGUGUAACUUCACGAAGUUCAGUGUAUGCGUCUGUGCACAAGCAUGCGUUUGCGUGCGCACGCGUGUGAGCAAUGAAAUAUGGUGAUAGCUUUCAAAAAAACAAACAAAGACUAUAUCCCUCCCAGAACGUAGUGAAAGAAAACCAGGAUCCCAUUAGACAAAUCUGUUUCAGUGGCUCCAGACUUUGUAGCCUAACAUGCCAACCGUGCCUAUGUAAACAGACGCUGUCACGCAGAGUUACACGGGGUCCCGACAUCAAGUCCACACAGAAUCAAUCGGUGCCCACGCCUAGAAAAGAAAAGGCCACUCUGGAAUAUUUUUGUAUCAGAUAUUGUGGCAUCUGGGCCAAGUUAAAAUCGAUACAGAUGCUGUAGCCCUUAAACGCUCCCAGCAUUUGCGUUUGAACUUUGACGGACGUUCACCGUGCAGAGCGGUAGUUUCUUUCUGUCUGUAAUGUUUUGUUUUUCUUUUCUGAAUAAUUUUUGUUAUGUGCCGUUUCCUUUGACUUCAUGGAGGUAAUGACAGUCCACUUAUGAGCCAUGUUCCUCGACCAUGUGGUUUCACUGAAACCUUGGUAUGUUACCUUUAACUCUAGAUUAUUGAAUGUGUUUUUUUUUUGUUUUGUUUUUUUCUACUUUACAAACAACCACAAUGAUCAGGUGCUCAGCAGAGGAGUGUUAGCAUUAUCAAUUUGCAUAUUUCCAUCUGACCUGUCACAAUGACAACUUGCUCAUUUGAAUGCAGGUCGGACCACUUUUUAAGACCCGCCCACUUUGACUGUUCACCAAUAGCUAUUAGCUCCUUUGGUCAGCACAAUGACACGUUUCAUUUGUAUUCCUGUAUUUCAUCGCUGUUAUUAACCACGGUGGAAACAGAAGGUGCGUUUUACUACAGCGUCAUUCAGUGUGCGAGUCUCAGUGCCUUCCUACAUGCAAAUACAUUUGAAUGGUGACGUGAACGUUACACAAUAGCCAAGGGGAACGAAAAUAUCUUUUUAUAUUGACGAAGGACCUUCAGUUGCGUUCAAAUACAGCAUCAGAUUAGAUAUGAAAUCCGUUACACUACAUUGUAUGUCAAGCAGCUAUCAGAAAUCGCUCCCUGCGCCGAGGCUGAGGUAGGGUGAGAACGUAGUCCAACUAGCGCUAGCUCAUUUACUGUUAUUUCUCUUAUGAAUAAGCUGACGAUUGAUUUGACAGAGACUGCAAAUGUGUGUAAUUGCUGACGAGAGUAUUUCCAAUAAAGCUAUACAUCACACAGGGAUACUCACCGGUCGGCACUUGAAGAGUGAGUGAAGCCAUGCCACAAUGGGUCCGUCCGGAUCUUACUUCAGGGCCCGAAUGAUCAUAGUUUCACUGUUGGGAGGGGGCUGUUAAAAUAGUCGCUAACAUUUAAAUACCCAUCAUAACCAGCCCCAGACGGAAUUCACGCAUUUUCCGUAUUUUAGACAUGGAGCUUUGAGAACUAUGUUCUAAUUGGUAGCUGAAAACACGGUCAAAUUUGCCAGCGUAGGAAUUUGUGAAUGCCAGGCGUUCCAAUUUUGUGGAAUUCCAUGCAUGAAGAUUCCGUCUGGGCCUGCCUGUGAUUCGAAAUCACCACGAGUCCGCAGAAUCUAACUACUGCAUGUCAAAAAAGAUUAGUGAAUGACAAUUGGCUCUAAAAUGGAAGGUGGCAUGAAAGAGAAAGAGUGAGUUCAGGGCGUGUGUUUUUUAACCAGACUUUUACAAGUGUCUUGAGUACGUCGUGGAGGCCAAGUCGCCUCUGUUAUUGCACAAUUAGCCUUGUAGGUGUCAGUCACCACAGGGCAAAAUCAGUAAUCAGCGUUAUCCAGGUUCUGAUCUAUGGCGAAAGCCCCCUCCCCCAUUUAAAAAGCAGCUUGCACUUAAUUCCUUACCUUGCCACACGAUUAGUGCCGUUUCAAAGUGAAUCUCAGUUCAGGUAUAGGAGCAGGAGCAGGCCUCGGACAGAUACCCUGUCUGAGUACCUUUGACAGGGGCUUUGCAGCCCAAGCCUGAGACCCGCAUCAUCAUUCAGUGGGUUUACCAGUAACACAACUCUACCAAUCAUAGUCUAUUCUCCAUCUACUCUUGAUAGACUUUGCAUCUCAGUGAUAUCCGGGAAGAAGGAGAGCAGGUGAGAGCCUCUAGCGGUGAUCUUGUGCUGGGCCUCCUUUCACAACACACAAUACAUACUGCAGAAAUGUAUUUCUUUAUCAGUAUUUGUGUCUUGUUUUCCAGUAAAGUCAUCUGAACGCCUUUAAAACUAAUUUAAUUUACUUAAAAAGCAAAAUUAUUCAAGAUAAAGUGUUGUCUUUUGUUUCUCAAGUCAAUUGAUUUUGUUUUAAGAAUGUCUAGAUAUUUGUACUGGAAAACCAGACAAAAAUACUCAUUUUUGCAGCGCUUCACACUUCACAGUAGAAUUUGUAGAUGGACAGUCUCGGAAUCUGAUGAGCCGUUAUGCAACGAGUCAAAAAAGUGUUUAUCCAAAAACACUGAAUGUCAAAAGACGAUGCACUAUGGCUGAAAACCAUUUUACCUUGUUUCCCCAGGUCUUAUAAUCUAUCUGGGUGUCACUGUGAGAAUGGGAAAGAAAUGUCAUUAAUGUGAUUUUGAUCCGUUCUGAUUUGUAAUUAGAGGUAGCAGACUAUCGAUUGCCAGGACGCAGCAUGUUGCUUUUGUGCUUAUCUGCUUUCAUCAGAUUCCGAAUCACAUACUUGGGUAGACACCAGAGUUCAUAACUUGCACUACAGUAGAAACGACAGGUUUUCUUUCUUUCUCUGAAUGCGUAACAGUUUUUCCUUUCUUUAUUGCUUUCCUUGUUUUUUUUUUGUUUUUUUUGUGGAUGAGAAAAGACUUGAUUGACCACCUAAAUGUGGCUUAAACUGGCAUGUUAAAAAGACCCAUUAGUGGCUGGAGGACUCUAAAAAUGUUCAGCAUUUGGAACUCUUAUUAAAAACCAAUAAAAUGGAGAAAAAAAAAAGAAAGAAAAGAAAAAAAAAACUCAAAUUAUUAAGAAAGUGAAUAUCACUGUGUAAUAUUUAUUCAACUUGUAAUUUAUGUACUCUUUUAACCUUUGUCUUUUUUUUUUUGUUGUUAUGACAAAGCAUUUAUUUAAAUAAAGUUAUGUAUUCAUUUAAGCUUGUGCAAUAAAUUUAUUUGUACAUGA